AUGGACUGUUCCGCAGUCAUGAAAGUUGUAUCGACACUUAAAGGGCCUCGGGCAGGCACACCAGUAUUCCCCUUAACGCCGCGCUCUGUCAUCUUGCUGGACAAAGUGAUUGCUGGAAGAGAGUGGAUUCCCAUUUUCCGUCGUAUUGGAACAGGUCACCAUUUCUUGAGUUAUCACCAGUUGCAUAUCAUAAAACCUUGGCAUCACUUCACUUCACAGGAUGUGUACAGCACAGAAAAUGCCCAUCUGCCAACUCAUUUGCACUCCUGGGCACAUUUUGUUAUGUGGAAUGGAGCUGUGGCAGUGGCAUGGAAGAAUCCUCUUUCAAGCUGGUUCACUGCUAUGCUCCAUUGCUUUGGUGGAGGAAUUUUAUCCUGUGUAUUGCUUGCGGAGCCUCCGUUGAGGUUUCUUGCAAACAACACUAAUAUAUUACUGGCAUCUUCGAUCUGGUAUAUUACAUUUUUUUGCCCAUGUGACCUAGUUUCCCAGGGCUAUUCUUUCCUACCUGUUCAACUCUUGGCUGCGGGAAUGAAGGAAGUGACCAGAACUUGGAAAAUAGUAGGUGGAGUCACACAUGCAAAUAACUAUUACAAAAAUGGCUGGAUAGUCAUGAUAGCUGUUGGAUGGGCCCGAGGUGCAGGUGGUAGCAUUAUCACGAAUUUUGAGCAGUUGGUAAAAGGAGGUUGGAAACCAGAAGCUAAUGAAUGGCUGAAGAUGUCCUACCCUGCCAAGGUAACCCUACUGGGGUCAGUUAUCUUCACAUUCCAGCACACCAAACAUCUGGCAGUAUCAAGGCAUAAUCUUAUGUUCCUUUAUACCAUGUUUCUUGUGGCCACAAAGAUAACCAUGAUGAUUACAGAGACUGCUACUGUGCCUUUUGCUCUCUUUGAGGACGCAUUGAGCCGGAUGCUGUUUGGUUGGCAGCAGCAGUUCACACCAUGUGAAAAGAAAAGUGAAACAAAAUCAUCUUUUAAUGGUACUGGUUCAUCGACCUCAAAACCUAUAGCUGUUGCUUCAGAUACUGUUAAAAAGAAACAUACCAAGAAGACUUAGUAAAUUUACUGUAUGAGCUCUAAAGGCAGAAUUUUUUUUCUUACCUACCUGACAGAUGGUGAUAAAUAUUUGUAUGUAAAUGAUGUGAAAUAAAGUUUAUAUAAGGAAUGGAGGUGACAAAAAGAAAGAACUUCUUUCUGUUUCAGGGAGAUUGUCUCUUUCUGGAUUGUAAUUUCUGAGUGUUAUGAGUGUAUCAUGUGAAAUUGUUUUUCUAAGUUAUAUAUAAAAGAUUCUAUUGUGAUUAUUUUAAAAUUUUUAUAUUGAUAAAGGGGGCUUGAUUUUUUUUCCUAAUGUUAGAAAAAGUAAACUUGCUAUGAUUGCAAACUAAUAAAAAUUAAAGCCUUUGUUUUAUUUAGGUAUUUUCAAACACAUUUUUUAUUUGAAUCUGAGCUUUAGUUCCGCAAAAUUAAACUUUUACUUUAUGUGAUCAGUAUAAUUCCUAGAUAUGGAAAACAGUUCUUAUUUAAUUUUGAGCACUGGGAAAAGUAAACCUUCCCUAAAUCACUUUAUAUUAUGAAUGAAAAUAAAUGACUAGUUUAUAUUUCAGGUAUAAAUACUGUAUUUUUUAAUGUACAUUAAAUAGAAAAUAUUUGAAAUUUUAUUUAAUUUUUUAAAAUAGUACUAUUUUUCAUUGAGAACAGAGUAUUGGUAUGAGUCUCAAUCUGAAGUCUAUUUCAUGCCCUUGUUUAUAAUGUUCCUUUUUUUCAAAAGAAAAUUAGGGGUGAAAUUUUUAAUAAAUUACUAAACCCAAGUUUUGUUUUGUAAGUUUCAUUUUAGAAAGUUAUUUUUUCUCUUUAAAACAUUCAUUUUAAUUGUAGAAUAAAUCAUUCUUGUCAGCAUUUUGCAUAUUCUUAACUUCUUUCUGAUCUUAGUUGAUCUAUGUUGAUGGUAGUAGCUUAAUGAUUCAGCAAAAAGUAUUAUUUCAGUUUAAAAUUUUUCCCUAUGUCUCCUUUCUAGUGGAUACUUUUCAGUUUUCUAGGUGAAUGUCUGUACUAGUUUGCAUAUGUUUAUGUUGUAUUUUAAUCUACAUGUACUUACAUAUAUUAUUAACUUUAUUUUAAAUUGAAUCUAAUUACCCUUAUGUGGAAAUGUUCAGCUCUAAUGAGAAUUGUCCUUGGGCAUUUGAUAUUAACCAGCUAACAAAGAAGAACCAUAAACUAAAACCUUGUAUAAUAGUCCAUUUGAAUGAAGAAUGAUGUUAAAUCAGUCCUUUUUGCGCCCCCCCCCCAACAAAAAAGAGAGAGAGGAGAAAAGGUACUAACUAAAUAAUGUUAAACUUUCUUGUUUUAUUUUAUAGUUUAAAAGUCUAGUUAGAAUUUUAAAACACUGUAACUAACAUGACUUUUUCUACCAAGACCAUGAACCUCCUACCUGCAAAGAGUUAGUAUGUAUGUAUAUAAGGCAUUUGGGGAUGGCAUAGAAGUAUUCAAAGCACACUGAAGUUAGACAUUAAAAUUUUUUUUUUUGAUAAAUAUAAGCACGAACAGGGUACUAUGCUUUAACUUAAUAAAUAAAUAUUUGGGGGGAGGAGGACCUUUGAUAGCCUUGGGAUGCUAAGAAGUUUAUUUUUAAUACUGUGUCAGAAAGCAUUAAAAUAUUUGAGUUUUGUAGUAUAUUUGAUACUCUUGUAGUUAAAAACUUUUCAGAAUUAACGUGUUACUAAUUAUUGACUUAGCUUUGAAGUCUGGGAUUAACUGUAGUUGAAAUGAUAGGAAUAUUGUUUUAUACUUGUAUUAAAGACAAUUUAUUAAAGUAAGUUAUUUAGCACCA